CUGGAAUUAGUCCUGGGCGACCUGAAGGACGUGGCCAAGGAACUCAAGGAGUUACCUGUGGUCAACCCUGGUCUGAAAGUAGAUCUAGGGGUGAAGGCCUGCCGUGGCUAUCCAUUGGAAUGUCCACAUGGGAUAUCUUCAUGUUGCCUGAUGCCUGGGAUUCCUUACAACAUGGUGGCUGGAUUCCAAGAGCAAGUGUCCCAAGAGUGACCUUGAAUACGACAGCGGUGAGGAAUUAUGGAGAACAGUGACAGCAAGGGCGGCAGUUGCGAUGGCAAACAGCAGAUCGGCUUCGAAACGAUGCUGCGGCUCUCCACAUGCCGGCGCGGUGACUGAUAACCUGGUGUGCUUAUGAGGUGGUUGACCAGAUCGAUACACUGACCUCUGACCUACAGCUGGAGGAUGAGAUGACCGACAGCUCCAAAACGGACACGCUGAACAGUAGCUCGAGCGGCACAACAGCCUCCAGCCUAGAGAAGAUCAAAGUGCAGGCUAAUGCACCGCUUAUUAAACCCCCAGCACACCCAUCUGCCAUCCUCACGGUCCUGAGAAAGCCAAACCCUCCACCACCGCCUCCACGGUUGACACCUGUGAAGUGCGAGGACUCCCAAAGGGUAGUGCCAACUGCCAAUCCUGUAAAGACCAAUGGCACCCUCCUACGAAACGGAAGCUUACCAGGUGGACCUAACAAAAUUCCAAAUGGAGAUAUCUGCUGCAUACCCAACAGCAGUCUGGACAAGGCUCCAGUGCAGCCUCUAAUGCAUAGACCUGAAAAAGACAGGUGUCCCCAGGCGGGGCCUCGAGAACGGGUUCGGUUUAAUGAAAAAGUGCAGUACCAUGGCUAUUGUCCCGACUGUGAUACCCGGUAUAACAUAAAAAACAGGGAGGUCCACUUACACAACGAACCUAUCCACCCACCAGGAAAAAAUCCUCACCAGGGGCCUCUCCUCCCUCCUCCACCCCAUCUCCCUCCUUUCCCACUAGAAAACGGGGGCCUGGGAAUAAGCCAGAGUAACAGCUUCCCCCCUCUCAGACCUGCAACUGUGCCUCCUCCCACUGCACCAAAACCACAGAAGACGAUCUUGAGGAAAUCAACCACUACAACAGUGUGAUGUAUGCCAUUUAAAAAUAACUUUUUGGUUUUUUUAAUUUUCUAUAUUAUAAACAUAAAAUAAUAAGUAAUGAGCACUUUCUACUCAAGCAAUAAAAAGCCCAAACAUAUUAAUUCUGCAUUCAACAAAGUGGCAUAAAAAUCACCUGGUAAGUAUGCAGUCAGCGUAUUGCUUAUAUCCUAGGUAUGCGUUAUUUUAAAUGUUGUAUCAUCAAAAACCUCAGAGUUUUGAGAAAAUAUGAAAACAUUGUUUUUGCAAUUCUGUGACAAACUGUGACCUGCAGAUUUUAAAUAUUUUGAUUUACUAGAAGAGACAGGAUUUGAUUCAUUUUAUUCAUGAUAACUCAUCUAUGCAUUAAUAACAUGUCAUACUCUUUGAUCUAAUACUUUUUACUAAGAAAUUUUAAUACUGAAGGACUAUUUUAUUAUUUUUUUCUAAAGAUGUUUGUCACUAGUUUUUCAUUAUUAAAUGCUGAGGACAAUAUAAAAAAGUUUAUUUUCUAUACUAUACAAUUAUGAAUUAUAUGUUCAGCUACACAUGUAAUAAAAUAUUUUGGUCUUUGGAAAUAUCAUUAUGUCAAUAAACAAAAGUAAAUAAUGACAAAACCAAAUGUUCCUCAGAAUU